CGCUGACUUGACCCAACAACUGGUUGGACUGGCUUUGCUGCUCCUGUGUGAUGUCAUCCAAUCGAUGGGUAGCUGGCGGCUGCGAUGCGCAUGUAUGCGCAUCACAGCGAACCGUAUGUGACAGCUUUCCAGGUUAGACCAGAAGGAAACAGGCCAUUCAAGGGAAGGAGCCAGGCUUUUGGAUCCAAACAAGCUGCUCGUCUUUCAUCUCAUCUGCACCCGAGGUGGAGAGCUCCCUGCGUUCUCAAAAUUGAUACCUCCAGCAUCCCUUUUUUGUCUCUGAGGGGGAUUAGUAACGUUUCUCCUGUGACGCACAGAUGCCAGCGUAACCAGGGCGGCGAGCUGUUAGAGAUACCCACAACACCGCCUCUUUGUUGAGCAGGAUCUGCUGCGCCUGGACAUGAAUUCGGCGGAGCAGACAGUUACAUGGUUGAUUACGCUCGGGGUGCUGGAGUCGCCGAAGAAGAGCAUCUCGGAUCCUGAAGCUUUCCUGCAGAGCUCCCUCAAAGAUGGGGUGGUCUUGUGCAGGCUGCUGGAGCGGCUCAACCCGGGAGCCACGGAGAAAAUUUACCCAGAACCGAAAAACGACGGCGAGUGCCUGAGCAACAUAAAGGAGUUCCUCAAGGGCUGCACAUCGUUCCGCGUCGAGCCCUUCGAGGCCAGUGACCUGCUGCUGGGCCUGAACUUCUCAAAGGUGCUAAACUCUUUGGUUGCAUUGAACAAAGUAACUGCAGAUAUCGGCGUGGGCAGUGAUUCUGUGUGUGCCCGACACUCCUCCGCCCACCGCAUCAAGUCGUUUGAAUCACUGUCCUCUCAGGCGUCUCUGGGGCGAUCCUCCAAGCUGCUGCAGAGCCAGUUUCGCAGUCUGGACAUGUCAGAAAACAGUGGACAGCAGCUGCUGGUGAAGGCGCGGUUUAACUUCCAGCAGACCAACGAGGAUGAGCUCACCUUCAACAAAGGAGACAUAAUCAAUGUGACUCGGCAGGAAGAAGGCGGCUGGUGGGAAGGGACCCUCAGCGGCAGGACUGGGUGGUUUCCUAGCAACUAUGUGCGCGAAGUCAAAGGCUCCGACAAACAGGUGUCUCCCAAAUCUGGCACCUUAAAGAGCCCACCCAAAGGUUUUGAGCCUCCUGCAAUUAGUAAGACCUACUAUAACUUGGUGUUGCAGAAUAUUUUAGAAACUGAGACGGCAUAUUCAAAGGACAUUCAAAGCCUCCUAACUAACUACCUGCGACCUCUCCAGAACUCUGACAAACUGAGCAGCUCAGAUGUGGCUCUGAUUCUGGGGAACAUGGAGGAGAUCAGCACCUUUCAACAAAUGUUGGUUCAGUCCCUGGAGGAGUGCACUAAGCUUCCAGAAAGCCAUCAAAGGGUGGGAAGCUUCUUCCUUAACCUCAUGCCACAGAUGAAGGCUCUCUAUAUCGGAUACUGCUCCAACCAUCCAUCUGCAGUAAAUGUGCUGACUCAGCACAGUGAAGCUCUGGGGGAGUUCAUGGAGGGACGGGGUGCAGUCAGUCCUGGAAUCCUGACCCUCACUACAGGCCUAAGUAAACCCUUUAUGAGACUGGACAAAUACCCCACCUUACUGAAAGAACUGGAGAGGCACAUGGAGGAGAUUCAUCUUGACAGGCCAGACAUCCAGAAGUGCAUGGUUUCAUUCAAAAAUCUGUCGGCUCAGUGCCAGGAGGUGCGGAAACGAAAAGAGUUGGAGCUCCAGAUUCUCACGGAGAGCAUCCGACUGUGGGAGGGUGAUGACAUCAAGACCCUGGGCUCUGUGAUCUACAUGAGCCAGGUCUUGGUGCAGAGUCCCAUGACAGAGGAGAAAAGUGAGCGCUACCUCCUGCUUUUCCCCCAUGUCCUCCUCAUGUUGUCUGCCAGCCCCAGGAUGAGUGGCUUCAUAUUCCAGGGAAAAUUGCCUUUAACCGGCAUGAUGGUGACCAAACUAGAAGACUGUGAAGCACAUAAAAACACUUUUGAACUGAACGGCACAUUGUUCGACCGUCUGCAGGUGAUAUGCACCAACCAGCAGGACCUGCAGGACUGGGUGGAGCACCUAACGAGACAGAUCAAACACGCCACCGCCACAGCUCCCAGCCACAAACCCCUCACUGUUCCCUGCCACACGCUCCCAUCUCACCCUGUCACCCCAUCUCGGCAUGCUGAGGGCAGGGCCAUGACGGUGGCUCCUACCUACCACACCCUUCCUCAUCCGUCCUCUCACGGAACGUCUCACAGCACCAUGAUGUGGGGUCCGCUGGAGCCACCCAACACCCCCAAACCCUGGAGCCUGAGCUGCCUUAGACCGGCACCGCCGCUGCGGCCCUCUGCUGCUCUCUGCUACAAGGAGGAUCUAAGUAAAAGCCCGAAGAGUGUGAAGAAACUGCUUCCUAAACGCAAACCAGAGAGGAAGCAGUCUGAGGAAGAGUUUGCCUUGAGGAAGAGUACUGCUGCUCUCGAGGAAGACGCCCAGAUCCUAAAGGUGAUUGAGGCGUACUGCACCAGUGCCAAAACCAGACAGACUUUGAACUCCAGAAGAGAGACGGGCCUGCAUGUGAUCAUCCCAGGGGAGGACAAAGUUUUUGUGGAGGAUCCCAGUCGGAACGGACCAAAUGCCCUGGAGGAAAAGAGCCUAGUGGAUGUGGUGUAUGCUCUGAGGGACGAAGUUCAGGAGCUCAAACAGGAUAAUAAGAAGAUGAAGAGGACGCUGGAAGAAGAGCAAAGAGCUCGAAAAGACUUGGAGAAAGUAGUGAGGAGGGUGCUGAAGAGCAUCAACGACCCAACCUGGGAUGAGACGAAUCUGUGAGGCUUUGCUCCGGAUCACCUGGAGCUUCAGGAAAGAAACUAGGAUGGACUUGGAUGAAUUCAGGCUGGCUGUGUGAGCUUGUGUGUGAUGUGUCUCUACAGCCACGCCCACUGCAAUGCAUUCAGGUGCUUUACAGUCUUUUCUGAAAUGACAUUCCUGGAGCGCAGAGGAUUCUUAACCAGAACUGCUUCUGGAUCACUGUCCAAUGGUACAUGGGUGGUACUUUGAAAGUCUUAUCCAAGUGUGAACUUGAAACCUGCCAUUUCAUCAUUUCUAUUUAAGUUUUAUUGAGUUCUUUUUACUGCCAAUGUGUGAACACGUGUAUGCUUGCUGUAUUUUAGCCCAUAUUGAGCCUCCAUCAGAAAACUCAUUGUCAGGGUUAUUUUUUUCUUCUUGUUUGUUUUUAAUCCAACUUUUUUUGUCCUAAGUGAAUUGUAAAGAUAUUGAACUUCUGUAAAUACUAUUAAAACUGCCUUUUCCUUUUAAAGAAAUAAAGGAAUCAGUUGAAUGAA